AUGACGAUGAACCGAGGUUCAGUUAGAGGGGUGCUCUUCAGGAACCGAAUGACAGCCUGUUUGGACGACAUACAGGAAGAGUCAGCCGAGUCUUCUUCCGAUGAAGACGUGCCAGAAGUUCAGGUACAUAAGCUGAAAGAUUGGAAGCUCGAGCUACAAAAGUUUCAUGCAGAAAGCUACCACUACCGCCAACCUGUCAUGAUGUAUUCUAUCACCCAUGAACUGGAGUUUAUGGGUGGAUAUACGUAUCCUCCAGCUCAUCUAAAUUGCACGCGGACCGUUCUUAUCUUUUGGCGUACUGCCAAAUUUGACCUUGAGACGCUGGAUUAUCUCAAGCACGACGAGCCAGCCCGUUAUGAGAAAGCAUGCGCCGGAUUCGAGAAGCUCUACGGAUACUCUGCGAACAAAUUUGAGUACAGACUCGCGUCUCUGCCCGAGGAAGUGCUAGAUUGCCUCGGCCGGCGAGUCAUUUUGAAGUACUACUCGUCGUGGGUUAAGCGUCCAGAAGAGCAGCGCAAGCUCAUCAAGACAUGCGACUGGAUCAUUAACACCUGCUUGGAAUUUCCUGUGGACAAAAUCAAGGCUUCAUUUGACGAUUCGUGUCAGACGAUGGGGGUAAAGGUUAAGGAUAAUUCUGGCUGA